AUGUGCUGCGCGGUAAGUCGUGGUGAGGAGCGUUUGCGUUGGGAUUUCUGCAAGACAGAGACUGACCACGAGGUGAAAGAGCGGCAGGCACAGUCAGGGGGUUUUCCAGACCACGACGGCGACGAACGGCGGUAUCGACGGACCAAAUACUUUCGAAUUUUCCCAUAUCGCAUGGCCAGCAGCGUUUCUGCAGCUGUUGUGGCCUUCCGGGACAUGCAAACGACCGCAGCAGGAGGGCAUCGCGGGUCGACAUGGCCCAACAUCGCUCUUAAAAGUGAGGGCAGCAUGAACGGAAACGCAGCCAGUAUCGCAGGCUGA